CGCCCCGCCUCCCAAGAAAUGUAAACACGUGCGUUCAGGAGAAUGCAGGAAGUAUUUUUACGAACUUUUUAAUUGAAUAUUCGUGUCCAGGAUUAAUUAUUUAAUCAAAUGAGUGUAUACUACGACGAAAUAGAAAUCGAAGAUUUUGAAUAUGACGAAGAAUUAGAAAUUUAUCACUAUCCGUGUCCUUGCGGUGAUCGAUUUGAAGUUUCAAAAGAGGAUCUCCAACAGGGUAAAACAGAGGCAACUUGUCCAAGCUGCAGUCUUGUCGUGAAAAUUGUGUAUGAUGAGGAAAAGUUCAAACCCUCCGAGUCUGAGAACGCUGCUGUGAAAAAGUGUCCUCCGGCCAAAGUUACUGCUUGA